GCCAAUCAGAUGAGAGCACAGUCUCAGUGUCUGACUUGUUGCCGUCUUCGUCUUCUUCUUCUUCUUGAAUCUCUGCGGCUGAACGAUGCACACCAAAGGAAAUUCCUGCUGCUGCUCCUUUGAGGACUACAAACUAACUACUGAGUGGCUACUGAACCAGACGAGUCACCGCCCGAAGGUGGCAGUGAUCUGUGGCUCAGGACUUGGUCUGCUUGCAGACGGAGCCGCCAACAAACAGACCUUCAGGUACCAGGACAUCCCCAACUUCCCUGUUAGCACAGUCCCAGGUCAUGAGGGCUGCCUGGUCUUUGGGACGAUCAAGGACACCCCUUGCGUCUUCAUGCAGGGUCAUUUCCACCUGUAUGAAGGUUACUCCCUCUGCCAGGUGACGUUCCCUGUGAGAAUCUUUAAGCUGAUGGGGGUGGAGUCUGUGCUGGUGACAAACGCCUCAGGAGGAAUCUGUCCAGACUUUAAGGUCGGUGACAUCAUGAUCAUCAAGGACCACAUCAACCUGCCGGGAUUCGCUGGACAGCACCCGCUGUGUGGACCCAACGACGAGCGUUUUGGGAUCAGGUUUCCGUGCAUGUCGGAUGCCUACAGUAAGGAUCUGAGGCGGUUGGCGUUGGACGUUGGGUCUGAGCUCGGCUGCAGUGAUUUCAUCAGAGAGGGUGUGUACUGCAUGGUGAGCGGACCAAACUUUGAAACCAUCGCUGAGGCCAGAAUGCUGCUGAUCCUGGGCUGUGACUCUGUGGGAAUGAGUGCCGUUCCUGAAGUGACAGUGGCGAAACACUGUGGACUCAGAGUUCUUGGUCUGUCCCUCAUCACCAAUAAGGUGUCUCUGGACUACAGUCGGGAGGAGAAGGUGAACCAUGAAGAGGUUCUUCAGACCAGUAAAAUGAGGGCAGAGGUUCUGCAGAAACUGGUCACCACACUGAUCUGUCGCUGCCAGCAGCAAAGCAUCAACACUGACUGAAUAUAACACACGUCUGAGUCCACGUCUCAGUCCACGUCUGUAGAACUGUGUAUGAGCUGUAUGUUCAGGUGUUUUCAGAGUAAAGUGCAGUUAAAUGAGUCUGUAAUCUAUGUCGUAUGUUUCUGCUGCUGAUGUGUUUCAGCUGUGAACUGAAUUCUCAUAAAAACAAAAGAUUAAACACAGGUUUACUCCU